AUGGUAAGUGAAAUUAGCUGUGGAAUUACUGAAGAGGUUAACCCGAAGGCUUACCCACUGGCCGACCAGUCACUUACUUCGAAGAUCAUGACGCUUAUCCAGCAGGCGGUAAACUACAAGCAGUUGCGCCGCGGUGCUAACGAAGCUACCAAAACGCUGAACCGUGGUCUGUCCGAGUUCAUCGUGAUGGCGGCCGAUGCGGAACCGAUCGAAAUCAUCUUGCAUCUUCCGUUGCUGUGCGAAGACAAGAACGUGCCGUACGUGUUUGUGCGGUCCAAGCAGGCGCUCGGUCGUGCGUGCGGUGUAUCACGCCCAAUCGUCGCCUGCUCCGUGACUAUUGACGAAGGAUCGCAGCUGAAAUCUCAGAUUGUAUCAAUCCAGCAGGAGAUCGAACGGCUGCUCGUUUAAAA